UUGCGGCCCUGGGGAAAGCCUAGCUGGACCUUUCGGCCUCCCGGCGGGUGGCUUCUGCUAUCACCUGGAGGGGGUGCAUCCCAGGCGCGGUACUGGUUUCCUGAACCGGUAGAGGCGAGCAGCUUGCUGGGGGGGUUUGCCCGUAUUUGUUCCCAGCCGCUUCUCAUGUGAUGCACUCCCUUAACCAGGAAAUUAAAGCGUUCUCCCGGAAUGAUCUCAGGAAGCAAUGCACCAGGGUGACAACACUAACUGGAAAGAAAAUUGUAGAAACCUGGAAAGAUGCCAGAAUUCAUAUUGUGGAAGAAGUAGAGCCGAGCAGUGGGGGAGGUUGUGGUUAUGUGCAGGACUUUAGUUUGGACUUACAGGUUGGCGUUAUUAAGCCAUGGUUGCUCCUGGGUUCACAAGAUGUUGCUCAUGAUCUGGAUACACUAAAGAAGCACAAGGUGACUCAUGUUCUCAAUGUUGCAUGUGGAGUUGAAAAUGCUUUCGUCAGUGACUUUCUAUAUAAGAACAUUUCUAUACUGGAUCUGCCUGAGACCAAUAUCCUGUCUUAUUUUCCAGAAUGUUUUGAAUUUAUUGAACAAGCAAGAUUGAAGAAUGGAGUGGUUCUUGUUCAUUGUAAUGCAGGAGUUUCCAGGGCUGCUGCCAUUGUAAUAGGCUUCUUGAUGAAUUCAGAAGAAAUCUCAUUUACCAGUGCUUUUUCUUUGGUGAAAAAUGCAAGGCCUUCUAUAUGUCCAAAUGCUGGUUUCAUGGAACAACUUCGUACAUAUCAAGGUGGCAAAGAAAGCAAUACAUGUGACAAAAGGCAGGUAUUUGAGGGGCACAGCAGUUCAUGAGUUACAUUCUAGCAGAUGGUAGAAAGCUGUAAUUUCUAAAUUGGCAUCUACAGGCACCUUUCCCUUUCUUUAGAGAGUAGACUAGUAGGAAUGUCCUUUUCUCUUGCCUUUUUCAAGUGGAAAUGGAAGUCAUUUGUCCUUAGCUAGUGUAUAAAUAGAUUUUAAAAUUAUGUUUUCUUUGUUAAUGUAAUGUGUGAUUAAAUACUUCUUUGAUUUGCCAAUAGAAAAAUAACAGUGUAUUAUCAGUAAUUGAUUUCUGUAGAAGAAAAUGUUUUAAAUUUAAAAUCUAUAUUCGGGCAUGGAAAGAUUAAAUUAGUUCAUAAUGACUUAUGGUAUUUUUCUAUUCUGGUAACUGUUGAAAAUGGAAAUACUACUAGACCUAAUAUUUCAGAGGGAGGUAAUGUCUUUGUAAAGAAUUUAAGACUGAAAUCUAAAACCUUAAACCUCCCAAAAGAGGUAACCAAAAUCUGAAGGUUUACAUAAUAUUUAUAUAGUGGUUACAAUAUUCACAGAAUUUUUAUGUCCAUUUCUGAAAAUAUAUCCACUUUUCAUUUUGAUUUUUUAAUUUAAUUCUAUUGCUUGUAUGUGUUUUUUAUUAAAAAAAUUUCUGCAUAGAUGUUCUGUCUGACAUUAUUGUGUGCUUGUGGUUCUUUGUCAGGUGGUAUAGUCUCUAACAUUGUACACUUUUAAUACUGCCCCCUAACAUUCUAUUUUUGGGUCCCAUGUCAUAAUUUUUUGGUCACCUUGGAUCUGUUGGAAAAUGUUUUAUGCUGAAAGAUCAUUUUUAGAUGUGAUUUGUUCAGUGAUCUGUUUUCUAAUUUGGUAUUCUACCAGAGGUCAUAUUUUAAAGGAAAAGUUUAUGGUUUUGUAGGAAAUUUUCAAUAUUGUUAGGAUAAUUAAAAUCAUUGCAAUUUUAUCUCUGACCAUCUCCAAAUGAUGUGGUUUUUUUUUUUCUGUUUUGCCUCCAUGUUGGCAAUACUGAACUCUCUACAAAAUGUGUGUGUGUAUAAAUUCGCUUAAAGAUAUUUUUUGAGUUAUCCAGGAUAAAACAUACUUAAAAUUAAUUACAGUAAUUAAAAUAGAGCUUUAACUAAACUUUGAAGUAGUCUUUCAUGAUUGAGAAAAUAUUAUUGCCAUCUAGAUUUCAUUAAAAUCCCGAACGCUUCCUAAAUACACGUUAUAGAGAACUAACAUAUUCCUAUACAAAGUUAGAAAGUGCAUAUUAAGUAUAUCUGUGCAUUUGCGAAAGCAGGUUUUCUUAUGUUGUCAUGAGCAAAAAUGUAGAAGUGACAAAUGCAAAUUAUCUUUCAGAAUUAUUAUAGCCUGACAAGAUGCCAUCACAGGCAAAGCUAUGAACUUCGCUUCCAUUGAGAAGCAGCAUAAAUAUGAUCAGCCUACUGCUUGCAGUUGAUCAAGGCAGACAGAAUACCCUUGGAUAUGAGACUGAUAUAUAAUGUUGUCUUUAUGGUCAGUGUUGCUAAGGGUUUGCCUGGUCAACCUUCUAUUCACUUGAAAUUAUUUAUUUAAAUACAUAUUCUUUUUCUAGGUGUUAUUUAGUUUUCAGCCAUUUAGUGUUGUGACAUAAAGUAUUAAAUAGAAUUUAUUCAUCAUGGAUAGUAUAUUAUUUACAACUCUGUAGUUUGUAUGCUUAAUUGCCACCUGUAGGGAUCUGGUUAUGGUACAAGCUCUAUAGAAAUGCAUUAAACAUCAAUUUUGUUUUAUCU